UCACAGUUAAGAACCUACACACUGAGUUCUUGGUAACAGGAACAGCAAGUGCUACAAGUUUAAAAUAGAUGUCAUAUGAUACCAAUUAUAACGCAGGGAAAUUUUACAGUCCUGGCAACCUGUACAGAGCGUAAGCCAAAAUGGAAGAUGGUCCUGUUUUCUAUGGCUUUAAAAACAUUUUUCUUACAAUGUUUGCUACCUUUUUUUUCUUCAAGCUUCUAAUUAAGGUUUCUUUGGCUCUCCUUACACAUUUCUAUAUCGUCAAAGGAAAUAGAAAAGAAGCGGCUAGGAUAGCAGAAGAGAUCUAUGGUGGAAUUUCAGACUGCUGGGCUGAUCGAUCCCCACUUCAUGAAGCUGCGGCCCAGGGGCGCUUACUGGCCCUUAAAACGUUAAUUAGACAAGGCAUCAACGUGAACCUGGUGACAAUUAACCGCGUCUCCUCCCUCCAUGAGGCAUGCCUGGGAGGACACGUGGCCUGUGCUAAGGCCUUGUUGGAAAAUGGCGCACAUGCUAAUGGGGUGACAGUCCACGGAGCCACACCCCUCUUCAAUGCUUGCUGCAGUGGCAGCGCUGCAUGCAUCAGUGUGUUGCUGGAAUUUGGAGCAACGGCCCAAGUCGAGAUGCACCUGGCUUCUCCCAUCCAUGAGGCAGUGAAGAGAGGUCACAGAGAGUGCAUGGAGAUUCUGCUGGCAAACAAUGUUAACAUUGACCAUGAGGUGCCGCAGCUGGGAACCCCCCUCUAUGUGGCCUGCAACUACCAGAGAGUAGACUGCGUCAAGAAACUUCUAGAAUUAGGAGCCAGUGUUGACCACGGGCAGUGGCUGGACACACCCCUCCAUGCCGCUGCAAGGCAGGCCAAUGUGGAGCUCAUUCACUUGCUCAUUGACUACGGGGCUAAUGUGAAGCUCAGAAAUGCACAGGGCAAGAGUGCACUUGAUCUGGCAGCUCCAAAAAGCCUUGUGGAGCAGGCACUCGUGAUGCAUGAAGGACCACCUGCUCUUUCUCAACUCUGUCGUCUGUGCAUCCGGAAGUGUUUGGGCCGAGGCUGUCACCAAGUUAUCUACCAGCUGCAUCUACCAGAGCCUCUCGAAAGAUUCCUCCUGUAUCAGUAGUUCCCACUAUCCAUGGAAGGUAGUUCAAAAUAAG